AGGCGCAGCGCGAGCUGGUAGGCAGAAGUAGAAGAAGCUUGAAUGAACAGGCGCACUCCGAGGCACUUCCUCAUAAGUUGCCUUAAUAUUGUGGUGGAUUCCAAGAAGACCUGUUAUUAAAACUCUAAAUUUGUGACACAACAAAGGCAGCCUUCAGGUCGAGAAGAAAGCGGAGUCCCAGGUGAGUGGUCACCAUGGCACCCUUUCUACGAAUUACCCUGAAUGGUUAUGAUAUGGGUGCUCUGCCCGAUAUGGAAAACACCCCUAUCUGUGCCAUCAGGGUUAAGGAAUCUCUCACUACAGAGCGAGGAAAAACGCUGGUCCAAAAGAAGCCCACCAUGUUUCCUAGUUGGAAGACACAUUUUGACGCUCACAUCUAUGAGGGUCGUGUCAUUGAAGUUGUCCUCAUGAAGAGCUCUGAAGAGCCUUUGGCUAAGGCCACCAUAGGUGUGUCGCAACUGAUGGAGCGCUGCAAGGCUUCUAGAAACAGAAGCAAUUCUGAGUUAUCGCUGGACCUGUAUCCUUCAGGGAGAGUUCACAUCAUCUUGCAGUAUUUCCUGGAGGACACAGAUACAGAUCAUCUCAACCAGUCCGUUAAGGCUCCUCCUCCAGAUGGAGUCAUGACUCUGAACAGGAGGAGAGGAGCUGUAAAGCAACCAAAGAUUCACGUGGUCAAAAACCAUGAGUUUAUUGCCACGUUCUUCCGCCAGCCCACCUUCUGCUCCGUCUGCAGAGACUUUGUCUGGGGUCUCAACAAACAAGGGUAUAAGUGUAAACAAUGCAAUGCAGCCAUCCACAAGAAGUGCAUCGACAAAAUCAUCUACAGGUGCACUGGAACAGCAGCGAAUAGCCGUGACACUAUGUUCCAGAGGGAGCGCUUCAACGUUGAUAUGCCGCAUCGCUUUAAGGUGUACAACUACAAGAGCCCCACGUUCUGCGACCACUGUGGCAGUCUGCUGUGGGGUCUUCUCAAACAGGGCCUCAAAUGCAGCGACUGCAACAUGAACGUCCAUAGUUACUGCCAAUGCAAAGUGGCCAAUCUGUGUGGAGUAGACCAGAAAAUGUUGGCAGAAGUUCUGUCUCUAAUUGCCAAGGAAAAUGAAGUCAAGAAACAGGAUGACUGCAAUGGACCAGAAAUUGGGAUUUAUCAAGACAGGAGUUCAAUUACAAGUCCGAGUGGUAAGACAUGUACAGUAGAAGACGAGCUAUCGGGGGAGGAUGUUACAUCAGGUGGAAAAGCAAAGAGUGUGAGGCCGGCCCCAUCCCAAGUAAAAACCCAGCAGUCACUCAUGCACCUCAACAUGGAAAACCUAACCUUCCAUAAGGUGCUGGGAAAAGGUAGCUUUGGCAAGGUGAUGCUGGCAGAACUCAAAGGAACAGGGCUGUUCUUUGCUGUAAAAGCCCUCAAAAAGGAUGUGGUUCUGAUGGAUGAUGAUAUUGAGUGCACCAUGGUGGAGAAAAGAGUCCUGAGCCUGGCGUGGAACAACCCUUUCCUCACUCACCUCUACUCCACAUUCCAAACUAAAGAGCAUCUCUUCUUUGUAAUGGAGUUCCUCAAUGGAGGCGACUUGAUGUUUCACAUACAAGACAAAGGCCGCUUCGAUAUCAACAGAGCUACAUUCUAUGCUGCUGAGAUAGUGGUAGGACUGCAGUUCCUUCAUUCCCAAGGAAUCGUCUACAGAGAUCUGAAGCUGGACAAUGUCUUGCUGGACAGUGAUGGACACAUAAAAAUAGCAGAUUUCGGCAUGUGCAGAGAGAACAUCUCCAAUGAGAACAAAGCUGGCACAUUUUGUGGGACCCCAGACUACAUUGCACCAGAGAUCCUGAUUGGACAGAAGUACACUUUCUCAGUGGACUGGUGGUCAUUUGGUGUGCUGGUCUAUGAGAUGCUGAUUGGUCAGUCACCAUUUCAAGGUGACAGUGAGGAUGAGCUGUUUGAAGCCAUCAGGACAGAACCCCCUCACUACCCCCGAUGGAUCACCAAGGAUUCAAAGAGUCUGCUAGAGCUGUUGUUUGUGCGAGAUCCAAAGCGCAGGUUGGGGGUGGUUGGCAACAUCCGAGAGCACUCGUUCUUUAAAAACAUCAACUGGACUUUACUGGAGAAGAGACAAGUGGACCCGCCGUUCAAGCCCAAAGUGAAAUCUCCAAGUGACUACAGCAACUUUGAUCGGGAGUUCCUCGGUGAGAAAGUUCGCCUGACCUACGGUGAUAAAAAGCUGCUUGCAACUAUGGACCAAAGUGCAUUUAGGGGCUUUUCCUUUGUCAACCCCAAACUGGAAGAAAUGAUGAGAAAAUAAAAAAAGAAUUAAAGUUCUCACUCGGGACACAGAAAUAGACUUAUUUUAUUCCGUUUAUCUUCAUGUGGUGUUUGGGCAACUGACUUUGAGCCUGGUUGUAACUUUUAUGGUUCCUCGGAUAGAGGGGCAGAAGAAUAGAUGGAAAAGUGUACGAUCUUACCUCAGCCGUCUAAAUGCACAGGUUUCAAACAGCAUAAAGGUUCAGAUAACUAAGGGAGGUUCUUAAACCAGUCUCACUUUUUAUACUAAGGGGUAUAAAUCAAAUAUACAAUGUACUGUAUCAAAGCUGUAAUUCACAGGCACAAGGGUAACACUUUUUUUUAUAAACAAUAACAUUACUUUGCACAUGCAAACUGAUAGAGUUGAUGGUACUUGGAGCACUCACUCUAGGCUGCACUUUUUGCACCUUUUGCUACCAUAUAAACAUUUUUUAAAAGGUUUUUGAGUAAAGAUGCUUUAUUCUAUGCAAAAUUGUGCUGAAUGAUAAACACUCAGCUGGUUCAUCCAAUGCAGAGAGAAGUCUAUGCACAGAUGGUUUAAAUCUGUUCUGAGAUUAACUAUAUAUACUAU